AAAAAUAAAACAUAAGCAUUUUUAAUACAGAAGUAGUGCAAUGACACAUUGAAAAAAAAAAUAGUAAAAAAAAUGAAUGAAAUUAAUUUUUUUAUUAGACUGCAACUUGCAAUAAUCGUAUUGACCAUAUCAGUCAUCAAUUGUGUGCCAAAUUGCAGUAGUGAAACAGAAAUAUUCAUGCAAAAUGACAAUAAUUCAGUAGCAAAUGCAAGUGUCAACCUUAUUGAGACAGUGAUAAAUAAAAUAAGUUACAAUGAUAGUACUUUACCCCACAAUGUCGUCCCUGAUGUCUCUAAUUAUGAAAGAGAUUUCAUAAAAAUUUUGAGUGAAAAAUAUUUAAAGACUUUUCAACCCUUCGACUUAUCACUGGUACCUUCAAUCUCAACCGAAUGUCGAGAUCAUGCACAAAUGUUUUUCGAAUCAUUAUCUAAAUUUGAGUUUUGGGCCUUAAAAUUACACGAUGCAACUGCAAGGUUUACAUCCGGCCUGUUAAAUGGAAAUAUCAAUCAGCUGGGUGAUUUUGAUCAGUGUCUGAAUGUCAAAGCACCAAAUGACGAAUUCCAAGGCAAAUAUUGCCUUACUUAUCUUCAACCAAGCAUUCCAGAAUCGCAGAGAUAUACAAAUUAUUUAAGAAGAUUAUUGCAGUCACACGAUGCAUUCAAAAGCAAUUUCGAUGAUCCAGGUCAUCGUGUUCCUCGUUACUCUACGAUAAAUUUCGGAGUUUGUGUACCGUCUUCAUGCUCGAGUAAUGAUGUAGAGAUUGCAAUGAAGCAUUAUACAGAAUCAUUUACUGAUGGCACGGGAGUCAAAUUAGCAGUUCGUGUGGAAUCUGAAAUGUGCUAUGUGAACGACUAUGAAUGGAUGAGUAAACUUGACCUUGGCACUAAAAUUGCUAUUCUGUUCUGUGUGGUUUUGCUUCUGUUGACUGUCGUCUCUACUGUUUAUGACUGUUGUGGAUCGUCGGAGAUAAAAAACCGAAUAGCAGUUUCAUUCUCAAUCAAAAAGAACACAAAAGCUUUAUUUGCACAGCGUGAGCAGAACGACAUCAGAAUCGCUCAUUCAAUAAGACUCUUUAAUGCUGUCAUGCUUCUCAUAUCACACAAGUGUAUGGCACUUUUUUAUCUGCCCUACUCAAACCGGACAUGGAUGACAGAAGUACUUGGUAAACCAUGGAGUGUGUUGGCAAGAGCAGCUUCUUUAUAUACAGAUCCGUUUCUAAUGAUUAGUGGAAUGCUGACUGCUUAUUCUUUAUAUGAUAAGUUACAAAAAAAUGGAAAAAUAAAUAUUUGGAAGGAAUAUAUUUCUCGUUAUCUCCGGAUCAUGCCAUCACUAGCAUUCCUUAUCAUCGUAUGUACAUACAUUUUGCCAUUGACAGGAAAUGGUCCAUUAUGGAACUUAGUAAUAUCACACAAUUCUGUCUUGUGUAAAAAAAGUUGGUGGAAAAGCUUACUGUUCAUUCACAAUUGGUUUGGAUUCGAAAAGAUGUGCAUGACACAUACACAUCAUGUUGGAAUUGAUACUGAACUUUUUUGGACAUCUCCGUUCUUGAUAAUUGCUUUAUUCAGAUGGCCUAAAAGAGCAUUAAAUGUUAUUGUGAUAUUAGCUGUAUUAUCAACAAUUGCUAGAUAUUAUGUUACUUACACUUAUGAGAUAUCAAAUUAUGUGUCGUUUGGAAUUAGUGUUCAACAACUCUUCAAAAUAGCUGAUUUGAUGUACAUACUUCCGCCACAUCGUUUCACUGUUUAUGCAAUGGGAAUUAUUCUCGGGUGCUUUUUAAGAAAAUUCAAAGACAUAAAAUUGAGUAAGAGGCAAAUAAAAAUUGGAUGGUGCGUGAGCACAGCGGCAAUGUUGAUAUCAUUUUUUGGACCAGCACCGAUGGGCGAUAUUUCUUAUAAAUUCAAUGCCACUCAUGCUGCACACUAUGCGGCUUUUGCACCAAUUGGAUGGUGUUUGUUUUUUGCAUGGAUGAUUUUGACGUCUCAUUUGGGAUAUAAAAAUAAAAUUAUAAGAAUGCUUGAGUGGAGAGGAUUCUUGUUCUCAACGAGAAUUUCGUAUGCGUUGUAUCUCGUACAAUUUCCAGUGUUCUUCUACAAUACUGGACAGGUUAAGACUCCUAUCCAGUACACAUUUCCUUUUAGUAUUCUGAACAUGAAUGAGAUGCUGUCAAUCAUACUGAUAUCAAUUCUUUAUACAAUUCUAAUAGAACAGCCAUUUAAUAAUAUUAAAAAUAUAAUGUUCAGCUCGAAAAAGAUUCCACAAAAGACUAAUAAUAACAACGAGGAAAAAGACAAACUUAAAAUGUCAUAAUAUGAAUUAUUUCAGCUUUAUAGAAUUAAGUGUAAAGUAUAUGAAGUAUUAUUAAGUUAUUUUAAUAAAGGUGAUAAAUAAAAGAUUGAAAUUAGA